GCGCGCCCGGCUGCCAUGUCGCUGCUCGCCGUCGGCGCCAGCCGCGCCGCGGCCGUGCGCCCGCUCCGCGCCUCAGCAGCAUCGGGAGAGGCGGCGGCACCAGCAGCGGGGGACCAGACGGCGGAGCGGAGGCCGGUGAAGAUAAUACUGCCGAAGAAGAAGCCGGAGAAGUGGUCGACGGGGAUGGAGCCAGGUUCGUACGGCGGCGGGCCGACGACCGUGAAGCCGCGCAAGUACUGGAUGGGGAAGGAGGACCGCGACCCCGUGGGCAACAAGGACGACUUCAUCUGGAACAAGAACUUCAUGCCCCACAUGGAGCGCGUCAUCGCCAACGGCGGCACCGACACGCCCGCCACCAUCGCCCGCGUCAAGCAGCCGGAGGAGGGCUUUCUAAGCUUCAACCGCGCAAUGAGCCUUGACAGUGUGGAUGUUGAUCUGAGCAAGGAGCUUCUGGCGCCAACCAAGUCAAUCUUGAAGACCCAGGUCAACGCUGCCCGGCGUGGUCUAUCCACUGGCCCUGUCCCUGAGGUCGUCAACAGAUCCACUUAUGUUAGAUGGAAGCUAGCCCCGACUCGACGGGAGCAGGAGCAAUGGGAUCGAGCGACAAGGGCAACCACCGGUGGCAUUGAUGUCAUAUUAAGGGAGUCACAGCAAAAGGUACAGCAGAAAGUAGACCCUAAGGUUUCGUCAGCUGAGGCCAGAGAACAGUAUCUAAAGUUGAAAGAAAAUUUGCAGUUGCUUACUUUAGGUAUUGGUGGCGUCGGUUUGGUUUCUGCUUAUGUGUCAUACACUCCUGAAAUUGCUGCGAGCUUUGGUGUAGGGCUGAUUGGAUCUGUGGUGUAUCUCCGUAUGCUUGGAACCAGUGUGGAUUCUCUAGCGGGUGGAACUAAAGCAGCUGCCAAGGGCGCGGCUGCACAGCCAAGAUUGCUUAUUCCAAUGGUUCUUGUGAUGAUGUAUAAUCGAUGGAAUGCGAUAUUAGUUCCAGAUUAUGGCUUCAUGCACCUUGAGUUGAUACCCAUGCUUGUUGGGUUUUUCACCUACAAGAUUGCUAUGUUUACUCAAGCAAUUCAGGAAUCUAUACCUGAUGUUGGAAACCGUGAAGUUUGAACACUGUUAUGGUUGAUAGAAAAAAAAUGAAGGGAGAAGGUUGUUGUUGCUCUGAGGGAAGAUUGGUCACCAUUCACCAAUAUAUUAAGGUGACAAGCUUUAUCCUUUCUUCUGCACGAUAGCACAUUACAUGCCCAUGUCACGUCAAACAUAAUUCUGCCAUGAGCGUGGUUGUGACAAGUAUUAAAGAAUAUGUUCUCAUCCUGUCGUUACAGCGGCAUUGCUGUAGGUAUGCUUGAUUUUACACGUUUUGAAAUGAUGUAGCUCGUUUGUGUUUAA